AUGGAUGGCCCGUUUGGCUUCACGGUGCGUGAGGCACAAUCAGGCAAGGUUCGCCGUCGUCCUCAUUACGAAACGUACGGGCAAAAGCACGUGUGCCGGUCUACGACGUGUGGCCGUAGGCGACAUCCUGAUAAAGAUUGGAAGCAAGGACGUGCGGCAGUUCGGGUUCGAGCGGUCGACAAUGCACUUACGCAACGUGCCCAAGCCCGUGUUGCUGACUUUUCAGGCCAUCGAUUAGCUGAAGCUGAAGACCAGUGUUUGUUCGUCUGUUUCGAUCGCCGAGGCAGCUAG